AAAGAAAGAAAGAAAGAAAGAAAGCAGAGCGGUGAAGGCGUGAACCAAGUGAAAAUACAAAAUGAAUACUGUAGAGUCUCAGAUGGAGAAUGGGCUCCUAAUUGUAAGGCACGAAAGAAGCAAUAGGGAUUCCACCUGGCGCUGUGUCAGUAUCUGUGCAUUCCUGUUAUUACUGGGAUCCACCAUCCUCUUUGCUCUGCUGCAUUUUCAGAUCAUCCCAAACUUUGCCAACAAGGAUGAGAGUAAGAUGCCAGAAAUAUUGGCUAUCAAGACUUAUUUAGAAUCUGUACCAGUAGCCAGAGCCCAAGCAAGAAAAGGGGACAAACUGGCAGCUCAUUUUACAGGUGCUAAAGAAAAUGACAAAUUAGUUUGGAACAAAUAUGACCCUGAUUCAUCUAUUGCUGAGAAAAUGCUUAAGGAUAACUCCAUCGUUAUUCCAGAAAAUGGUCUCUACUUUGUGUACACCCAGGUGUCCUUCACAGGUCCUGACUGCCAAAGGGAUCCUCUACACCUCACCCACACAGUCAACAUAAAACCGGAGUCAUACCCAAAAAAUGAUCCAAUCCUCACUUCUAUGAAAACAGUCUGUGAGGUGCGUUCAGGUUCUGCCUGGUUUCAGUCCAUCUAUGAAGGGGGGAUCUUUAAUCUUGAAAAGGGCUCUGUUAUCUCAACUGAAACAGAACAUACUGAACUUCUUGAUGAUGAUAAAGAAAGUAAAAUCUACCUGGGCAUCCUUGCUGUGUGAGACAACAUCCAGGGAGUUUUUAAAUAUUUUCAUCAAAGCUGCUGGAUAACUUUGGUAACGUCUCAAUUUCAUGCACACUAGUUUGCCAAGUAAGAAAAGUUGGACAAUAUGUGUUUCUUAUUUGGCCCAGCUACAAAUGUUGCUUUACACUGCUACUGAGAGUAAGGGACUCAUAAUCCUGGGCAAAUCCUGGACCAAACAGCAUUAGCAAAUGAUAUGCUGUGAAGCUUUAUAACUUAUUCAGAUUGAUGUGUGAUGUAAAAAAAAGUCCCUUGAAGAUUUCACACAGGAUGGGCAGACGUCUGCUUCAUCAUCACUUUUGCUGCAUAUACUGACUGUAGCAGCACUGUUUUUAAUAAGUGUCUUAUAUGUGUGUAUUUAUUUAUUUAUUUAAGUAUUUAUUUUAUUAUUUAUCUAUACAUUCUUUAUUUAAAUCUGUUGAGUAUAAGAGGAAUUAUUGCUAUGUAAAGCUGUCAUGUAUAUGCAUACAGUGUAUGUAAUUCCCUGUCAUAAAUCUCUAGCUAUCUUCAUUGGAAAGAUUUAUAAAUCUGUUUUACUCUGCAAACACAGCAGCCAUUCAGUUAAUUGAAAAAGUGAGCAAAGUAAAUGUGAAUCUUCACCAUUCAGUUCCCUUUAAUGCUUUAAAGCAAUGGUUAUUGCUGGUUUGCUUGUUUUUUUAUUGAACUGUAUCUGAGAAUUCUUGAGACUUCAUAUAAAGGCUCAUUUCUAACCCCCAUUGCUAAGCAAUGAUCUACUUUGUCAUGUCUUAUAUAAUACUAGACUAAGAUGACCAAAUCAGCCCCUUUAGUGACAUCUGGUAAAUCUGUAAUAGACAUCAUGCUAUUGCUCAACUGAAAGCCAAACUGUUGGGCCCAUACAAUACAUGUCAGAUUGUGAUCAGCUGACCAGCUUAUCUUUCUGUUAAAACAUAUUGUUUUAUUUUAUUAUGUCUUUAAAUUGGAAGUUUCAUUCUUAAUCGUUUAUCUGCCUUUGUUGUGGAUAGUUCUGGUGGGGAUGGAAACGCUACUCUGUAUGUGUUUUUUCAUACAGUUUCAAUAAA